AUGGCAUCUGCCUCCACAACCCCCAUUUCCUAUCCCCCUCAGAAGCAGACAAUGCUUGAACGACAAGCAUCUCGUUUGUCAGAGCACCUCUCUCGGAUCCAAUCUACCGACGCCUAUCCUCCAGAAAGUGAAGGACCAAGAGCCACUGGAGAGAGCGAUGGUCCAGGAGCCUCUGAUGAGAAGAGCGGGGGGCUGGUACCAAUCGACAUUGAGCAUGUACCCGUGGACAAUGAUCCUAGAGAAUGGAGUCCAAGAAAGAAGUGGGGCGUUCUAUCAGUCAUGUCAUUUGCCGUACUUGGUCCCACUAUGGCCGCUAGUAUCUACAACCCAGUCGUCAACGAUGUACGCUCCGAACUUGGAGCCAGCGAAGCACAAAUUGGAAUGUCGCUAUCUCUCUACAUCCUGUUUCAGGGAUGUACACCACUCAUUUGGGCUCCCGUGUCUGAAAUUAUAUAUCUGCUAUCAUAUGCGAUCUACCUGGCCGCGCUUAUUAUCGGCUCUCGAGCCCAAUCCAUGCCUGUAUUGAUCGCUAUGAGAGUUCUGCAAGCUUUCGGCAGUGGUCCUGCUCUCGCGAUCGGUGCAGCAAGCUUGGCAGACAUGUAUGAACAACAUGAACGAGGUGCAAAGCUUGGCAUAUUCUAUGGCGUCCCGAUGUUUGGCCCAGCUCUGGCGCCUAUCAUCGGUGGUGGACUGGGUCAAGCGUUUGGAUGGAGAAGUGUUUUCUACUUUCUUUCCUGCUACGCAUUCAUCAUGGAGUGCUUCUUUGCCAUCACGCCCGAUUCAUGGCGCCGAGAACGCUCAAGGCUAUAUCAAAAAGCCAUUACACAGGCUACAGUCCGCGCCGAACAGGCUGACAAAAAAGACAUCCGUCGCAAGGCCAAGCUCGCCAGUCAACAGCCUGGUGGGCUGGAUACAAUCCCUGCUACCCCAUCCGAAACGCCUGGUGCCACACCGAUGGGCUCCAGGCGAGGGAGCGACGAUGAUAAUGUGUUGGGACAAACGAGGGAUAGGACAUCGGUCAAUGUUACAUUGGAAGAAGGUAAAGGCGAGGAGGGAAAACUCGUCAAGGUGACGAUGUGGCAGCGUCUGAUUGGGCUGCGAGGAAGGGGAAGGACUGUAUCAGCGGAGCGAAAGGCCAAAAUUAAGCCUUCCGCGAGGGAUUUAAAUCCUCUGCCAUCGAUGAUGACGAUCUUGAAGCGACCCACAAAUAUCCUCAUCAUUAUCUCGUCUUCUUUCAGUUUCGGAGCCCAGUACACGAUUGUCUAUACUGCUUCCCUCUUACUUGGAGAAGCGCCGUACAACUACGAUCCUCUCAAGAUUGGUCUUGCUAUUCUUUCUUUUGGGAUCGGAAACAUUUCCGCAAGUGUAGUAGGAGGGAAAUAUUCGGACAUGGUGCUCAGGCGACUGAAGAAGAAGAAUGGCGGUGUGGGUGUCUCAGAGAUGAGACUGAAGGCGACCGUCGUCGCCAUGCCUGUCCUGAUCGUUUCCUUUCUUGCAUAUGGCUGGACAGCUCAUGAAAAGGUACAUAUCGCGGGUAUCGUUGUCUGUCUCUUCUUUUGCGGCUUCUCCCUGCUCUGGAUAUAUUCGUCUUCCCUCGCCUACCUGGUCGACUCCAAUCCCGGCAUCUCUUCUUCGGCGGUAUCCUGUAACUCAAUGCUGAGAGGAAUUUGUGGAUGUGUAAUGUCGCAGAUCGCGCAGCCUAUCAGGAAUGCGAUUGGUGAUGGGGGGCUCUUUACGCUUUUUGCGGGUGUUCUGGCGCUCGCGUGUGGGUGUAAUCUGCUGUUGAUUGUGAAAGGAGAGCAAUGGCGAUCUCCAGAUCACAAGUUCACAUGGUUCAGAAAGUCGUCAGGAAAAGAAGCAGAGGAUGAGGAAUCCAGGGAAGACAUCAAGCACUGA